UGGUUGGUUUAUAAUGGUUUCAGCAGUAUGCUAUUGGUAGUAUGUUGUGAACAAAUGAACAACAUAGUGCGUGGUGGUCGCCGCGAACCUGCGUGAAAACUAGCUGGUUGCGUCUGUGAGCGGGACGAUGCGCGAAAAAGCUAUGAUGAAGUGGUGGUUAGUGUUGCGAUGGGCUAUUUAUGUUGAAAAGUUUUGAUUCGAAGUAAAGAGGAGAAAUGGCUAACAUGAUAAACACAGACGAAAACUUCUGUUUAUACAUGGACGACAUUGUGAAAACAGAGGAAACUGUUAAGGAUGAACCAAUGGGACAAAUGGAAGAUGAUUUUGAGAAUGCAAUAUGGAAUUGUCUGGAAAACACUAAUGGCUGCUCUGAAGAUGACAUUCUAAAAGCUGUGUGUCGCUCCCCUCUGAUGGUGAUGCUGCCUGCAUUUGUCGAGGGGGAAGGUGGCCCUCCAGAGUCGCUGUCUGCCUUGGAGGAGCAGGACUUGUUUGCAGUGGUGGAAGGUGAGUGCGCGGGAGCAUCAACAGUUCCACCACUGAUUAAGAAAGAAGUGCCUGCGGAGGUGCGUCAGCCAGUUCAUGAACAGACCCACAGAUUUGAUCCUGAUGACCGAGGCUCUCCGAAGGUGUUUAUGGAAGUGGGGCGUAUUGAACCACCUAGCACCACCACUGUGGUGCAGAUGCCAGUGCCGGCCCCCGCUGCAGAAGGAGGGGGAGGAGGGGAAGGAAACAAUAUUGACCGCGUCAGUGAACCACCAGUACUGCACGUUGCCCUAAGAACUUCAGGGGCGGACAAGGCGUUCCAAUGUUCGUGUGGAAAAGUGUAUCGGCACAGCGGGAGCCUGUCGAAGCACAUCCGUGUGCUUCGCAACCGACUGAGCACGCAGCCAAACCAAUCUGGUUGCGGAAAUGUUGGCAAGGUCAACACUGCGGUGAAUGAGAAGGCCAGAGAGAACAAUGCAACAAACGCAAAUGUUAAUUGUAACACAACUGACAUGCAACCCAGGGAAUUGAGUGUGUCUGCUUCGCAGAAGGAAGACAGCAGUGGACAGAAUUUUGUACUCAACACUGGUUGUUUUCAAGGGGGUAACAACAACAUCAUCAACAACAAUGGAAAUACAAGUCCAAGUAUGCAGAGUAAUGUGACUGUUGGCCACUGCAAUUCACUUGCACCUUUUCCACUUCCGAGCCAAGUUCAAGUCAAUAGAACAGCAAAUACGAAUGUGCAAUGUAACAUAAUGGACAUGCAACAAAGCCAAUUGGAAGUUGCUAUUCCACAGGUGAAAAAAGAAAAUGACUGUGGACAGAAUUAUGCAUUGAAUUCCAUUGGUUUCCAAGGAAAUAACAAAAUUGCAGAGAACAGAAACGCAAACGUACAAAGUAACAAGGCUGUUGGCCUUUGCAACUCGCUCUCUGCUAUUCCACCUUCAAGCCAAGUUCAAACACUUAGAACGACAAACAUGACUGUACAGAGUAACAUGACUGAAAUGCAACAUGGCCAAUUGAAAGCAGCUAUUUCACCGCUAAGCAAUGCCAGCAGUGGACAGAAUUUUGCACUCGGAGCUAGAGGUUUCCAAGAGAGUAUUAACUCUAUAAACAAUGGAAACCUGAGCCCAAAUGUACAGAAUAUUAAGACUAUGGACCAUGGUAGGUUUUUUGAAGCUGUUCAACCUACAAGUAAUUUUAGCUCUAUACUCUCUUCCGUUCCCCUUAGUAAUAGCCCUGAACAAAAUGGAAUGAGAAAUGUGGAGAGUAAUAUGAACGCCAGCCAGUACAACUCUCUCACAACUACUCAGUAUGCGAUCCAAGCCAACCCUGGCCCAGUCACACAAACUAGUGCUGCAGGCAGCAACAGUGCUGAACAAAAUGAAUUGAGGAACACGAAUCAUAAUGGAAUUGACAGGCAGUACAGCUCACUUGCAGCUAAUCCACAUGUGAGUCAUUACAGCAGUGGACACAUGAGUACACCAAUCCCUGCUGUGCGAGUCACUAACAACACCGGACAAAAUGGAUUGAGAAACGCAAGUACAAUUGGAGGUAACUCGACUGACAGACACUACACCUCGCUUGCAACUGUUCCACAUGUGAGCCAAGUCAGCAAUGGACAUGGUGCUCUGACCGCAGUACAAGAUAAUGUCGGACAGAAUGUAGGGAGAAACCCAAAUGUAGAUUGUAACCUAAUUGUUGGCCAGUACUACUCAGUUGCAGCUGUUCCACAAGUGAACCAAAUCUCGCCCAAUAGAUUCAAUGUGUCGGAUAAUAUCAGCAGUGGUCAGAAUAGAAUGAGUGACUCCAGUGUAGAAAAUAACAUGCCUGCCAACCAAUACUCUGUCAUACCUACUCCAACUCCAACGGUAAACCAAACUGUUAGUGGAGGAUAUUCAAGUGCUCCGGCCAAUGCUGUGCUAAUUAACUACAGUACCGGACAGAACGGGAUUGGAAAUGCGUACGUAGAAAGUAACUUGGCUGACAGACUCUACAGUCCACAUGUAGGUAGUCUUCCUGUCAGUCAAGCCAGCAGUGGUCAUGUCAACACGCUCAUCUCUGGUGGACAAAGAAGCAGCAGUACUGCCCAUAAUGGGAUGAGAAACACAAAUUCAGAGAGAAAUAUGACCGAUAGACAAUAUACCAUGCUUGAAACUGUUCCACAUGCGAGUCAAGCCAGUAGCGGGCUUAUCAAUGCCUUGGCCACUGCUGUGCGAGAUUCUAAUAGCUGUGUUCAGAACGGAACGAGGCUCUCAAACAUGGAGAGUAACAUGAGUGGCAGACACUAUACUACACUCUUAACUGUUCCACCUAUGAACCAAGCCAGCACUGAGCAUGUUAGUACAGUCGUCAAUUCUGUACAAGGUUCAAUCAGCUCUGGACAAGACGGUACGAGGAACUCGAAUAUAGGAAGUAACGCAACUCAUAAACAUUACACCAUGUUGGAAAGCGUUCCACAUAUGAGUCAAGACAACAGUGGGUACGUCAGUGCUCUGACCACACAUGUGCAGAAUAGCAGCACCACCAACCAGAACAGAAUAAGAAUCACUAGCGUGGAAAGUAACAUGACAGUCAACCAGUAUAACUCGCAGACAGGAACUCCUCUUGUGAGCCAAAUCAACAAAGCACUGGCAAGUGUUAUGCAAAAUAGCAACAGGGCUGGAAAUGAAAUGAAAAAUGUUUCUGCAGAAGUCAGCGUAAAUAAUUGGCAACAACAGGCAAAUACAGUAGUUACAGGUAAAUGUGACAACCCCAUUGACAGAGCAGGGGCACGUGCAGGUCCCUUACGGCCAUCCACAAAGAUUGCAGCUAAUAAUCAGGUAGUUAAAAAUGCUGGUUGCAAUUUUAAGCUCUCUUCCAACAAAGUUCCUUCUUCAUUAGAGGCCUGUUCAAAGGACACUGACCCCUAUCGCUCAAAGUUCUCCAAGUUACCAGCAUCAGAAGGUAGUGGGUACAAUUGCUUUUGUGGUGUAUCCUUCCAGAACUUAACAACCCUCCUUACACAUGUAGAAAACCAUUCUAAAGAAGAAUUUGAACUGUAUUCAACACAGGCUAUACUACACAUCAAGGACCCAGCUCCCAAAGAUAAUACAAAUUUCUGCUCUGAUUUAUCCAACAAGUGUAAUACUUGUGGAAUUUGGUUUGAGGAUAAUGUUCAGCUGAAUUUGCACAUGGAAAGUCAUGUAAAGGUAGAUUGCAACGAACAGACAAUAUUGAACAUCGAGGAAGACAAUUUUAUUAGCAGUUCCAACAAUGAUAGAGACAACAAUGAGAGAACUUACCAAUGUGCCAUUUGUGAUAAGAUUUACAAGGAAUUCACAGAUCUAAUGAUGCAUAUGGAGAUCCAUCAAAAGAGCGUCACUGAUGAACAGGAGACUGGGAUCUGUAAGGGAUGGAAUGAUGCAAGAAACAGAUGUGUGAGGGAGACGCCUGAACCUCAAGAGAUGUUGAACUACCAGUGUGGGCUCUGCAAAAAGCGUUUCAAAAAAUUGCGCUACCUCACAUCACACAUGCGCUGUCACACAAAGACAACCUGCCCAGGAAAAACAAAGAAGUUCCAAGAGCCCUUAGUACAUGGAAGGAUCAAUUCAUCAGCCUGUGAUGUUUCAAUUUCUAACGAUCCUGCAAAAAGAAUGAAGAUAACUCAAGUUCCAUUAACUCAGCAAAAGAAAUCUGUUAACAAUAUUACUUCAAGCAGUGGUAACAGUAUACCUUUAACAAGUCUUGAUCAUCUCCAACAGAAUAACAUGCAUUUGGUAAAUUCAAAAAAUACCAUCAAUACAAAAAGACCGUUCAUCAGUACAAAGCCAAACCACCAAUAUAAAAAAACAGUCCUUACCAUGGAGCGUGGUACUUCUACACAUCCAGAUACUUGUUCCACAACUGGUGGUCCAAUGUCAAUUAGGGUACAAGCUGCUCUUACUGACAUAAGUCAAGAAGCGAAUAGAAGAACCAACGAAAACCAUGAAGACAUUGGGAGUCCUCCGACUGCCACAAGUGUCACCAAGGCCGCUACACUCUCUGGAGAAAGCAAAACUUUUUCCUGUAUAUGCGGAAUGGUGUUUAGAACAUCAUGUGCGCUUGCUGCACACACCACCGAUCACAUAGGAAGGCGAGAGUACUUUUGUGAUAUUUGCGGCAAGUUGUUUAGACAGAAGUGCAUCCUGUUGUCGCACUUACGUUAUCACAGUUAUCAAAAGGCAUACAAAUGUUGCAAGUGCAGCAGAUCCUUUGAACGUCACAGUGAUUUCAUGGCCCACAAGCGUCUCUACAGGGUAAAUGCCAGUUGCUAUGUUUGUCGGAAGAAGGUAACGCGGGCAGUGUGUGGGGCAAACCACACGCUCCCAUUUCAGAACAAAACGUUUUUGUGCGUUGAUUGCAAUGGCUCAACCGUGCCCGAUAAUCCAGAUGAGACCAGGGAUAAAUUGGGUAGGUUUACGCGCAAACACGGCAGUUCAUCAGGUGGUGUUGGUGGAGAAAUCGGUGAUAAAGGUGAAUCAGAGGCAACAAAAAGUGUGUUGUCGUGCACCAUUUGCAAGAGUGUAUUUACAGACAGCAAGAGUUUGCUCAUUCAUUCACAUUCUCAUUUAGGUGAAUGUGCUGUGCUCCUGGAACGCUUGAACACCGCAGAGAUUUAUAAACGAAGCUACAAUUGUGGGAGGAAUGAAGGAACAGUCAAAGUAGCUUCCUCCCAUCCCCCCAAGGCAUCUGCAGCAGGCAUCCAAAUAUCCAACAGGCUCUCCAAAGCAGUUGGGAAAAAAAGGUUCACAUGGAAAUGUCGCUGUGGAGGAGUUUUCAAAUGGCGCAGCUCUAUGAAGAAACAUCUGUGCAAGUACACAGGUCAUCAGUGUGUUGUUUGCCGGAGACUUUUCAGACGGUUUGCAUCCCUCAGGGACCACAUGAGAUCACAUACUGGGAGGAGGAAGUAUAAGUGUACCACUUGCACCGAGUCGUUCUCACGGUUACGUGACCUGGAAGUGCAUCAGCAUUGCCAUGCUGAGAAAGCGCCAAUGGGGAAUGUGGAAGCGUGCAAAGCAAAUUCUCAGAUUGAGCCUGAUGAAGCAGAGAAAGGUUCUGAAGAACUUGGUGAGCCACAAGAAAAUCAUGGUUCAAGUGAGGUUAAUAGUCUUGAAAAGGAAAAUCCAGGUAAUACCAAUUUGCUUCAACCACCAGGUCCAAAUCCCAUUAGUUUACUUGGAAAUGAAGGCCCAAAUUGUACCACUUUUCCUGAAAAUUGCAUACAGAACGGUGCGAUUCAUGGCCUUGUAGAACAAUCAACUCUGCCUGCUUGUUCACCAUCAGAUGUAGGUAGGGAUCGUGCAUUGGAUUGUGAAACAAAAGAGGAUUGUGGUGCAAAGAGAUUAGAGAUUCAAUCACACAAAGAAUGUAAUUUAGAGAAAACAAUCAGUGGUAAUGUGAAUCCACAGCUGUGCUGCAGACAACAACUAACAUCCUCUGAAGGUGCAAGUCCUGGAGAAGACAAAUUAAAAGGAGUUAAACCAGAGCCAUCUUUCUUACUAGAGUUUGACAAACAACUAAAUGAAUUGCAACUUGCCCUAAGUACUGAGGAUUCUAAUUCUAAGACUGGCAGCAUUGAAGGUACUCGAGAAGUGCUGGGUUGUGGUAUUACACCUGCUAGAUGCCAUUCUGCCCCUGUUGAAUAUUUGAACCUGCAGGUGAAGCAGGAACACUCUAUGGACUCAAACAAAAAUUUCCAAUUGAAUCCACACAAGAAAGAAAGUCAAUUUGGCAGUGAACAGUCGAAUGAUGGUCAGAGCACAACCUUGCAAGUGGGCCUUGAUUCUGAGGGAGAAUGUGUUGAGAGUAAAUUUGACCCGAAAACAAUGAGUAGCGACUUAAAAUCCAAUGGAAGUGAUCGCAUCAAGAAGGAAUUGACACUUGCCCAGCCUUCGGAGAAAUCUUUUUCAACUGUAGAAAGUGGUGGGGGGUCAGCAUCUCGCCCGGAAGUCGAUCGUAUGGCUGUGAAUUGUGGUGUUAAUUCACUCCAAAAUUAUUGUAGCCAGGAAACAGUAAAACAGGAUGCUGAGCAAACAAAUAAGGAUAAAGAUUUGCUUUCGAUUAAUGAUAGGGUUGUCAAAAAAGAAAACCUUUUUCAAGUCUGCAAACGUGAACCAGAUGCACAGCCUCCCGGAGAAAGUGAAAAAGAAGACGACAAGACUUUGGGUGCUCUUGAGUUGCAGCAAAUUUGUCCUUCAAAGAAGACAGCCCUUGUCGACCUUGUAUCGGAUGAUGAGGACCAGCACACGACUUCAGGGUCCCAUUUACAUCCAUGUAAAAAGCAUUGCUCUGAGAAAUUGAGGUCUGACCUUUGUGAACAUACAAGCAAAAUGCCAAGUUCCUCUCCAAAAGUGUAUCAAAUUUGUGAUUCAGAUGUUGAGGAAGAAUCGGUGAGCCAUCCAUGUCCACAGUCAAAGAGCGAGUCUGAUGAUGUAAUGUUAGUGGAAGAAACAAGCAAAAAAAAGAAGCCGCCUCCAGAAGUGUAUGAAAUUUCUGAUUCGGACGAGGAGGAAGGAAAAGAAGGUAAUCAUCGCUGUUCAAAGGCACAGAGUCCUUACGUUGAUCAAGAGAUCACACGCUCGCACUCGAACAAAACUUUGUUUGAAGCAGGUCAGAAUUUGGUGCAUGAUGAUCACAAACCAUCCUUAGACGCAGAAACAAGCUCUUUUGCUUGCGACGUCUGCAUGAAACCCUUUCCAGACUCUGAUGCACUGCAAGUUCACAAACACAUAUGGGGGAAAGUGCCUUGUAACAUUAACAAGUGGCGAACCACUACACAGAACAAACCGAAAAGUGAGAAGGGAGCAGAGACAAUUGGAAGUGCUGGGAGAGUAAAGCGUGAGAGUAUGAUGGGAGAAGAAUCAAGACCUAGCUCUGCCCCAGAGAGCACGCAGACUUCCGGUGAGAAUUUGCGUGAGUGCCCCUGCUCAGAGAAGACACAGUGUUGUUGUAAAAGCAAAUGCCAGCGCCAGGAGCACCGAGACAAAGCGACAGGAGUGCAUGUGUGCAGGGCUUGUGGGAAGUCGUUUGCGCAAAAGGAUUUUCUCAUCGACCACUUGCACGAGCAUAUCGAUGGAAGGAAGUACCGAUGCAAGUAUUGCAGCAAGACGUUCCAACGAUCCGUGAAGUUGGCUGUGCACAAACUGCGAUGCAGCCAGAGGAAGAUGAGCGCGAAAAAGGUUAAACCUGCCAGCGACGAUGAUGAUGUUGAGACAAACAAAGGAACAUCAUUUCCUAGAUCAUUUGCUGUGCCGUUUGUUGGCGUUCAGCCUCAAACUGUGCCUAUGUUAGUUUCUGUCCCCGUGCUGGUGAGCAGUGCAAUGACUUGGGGCAAUAUUGUUACUCUGAGAUGAAAAUGUGAAUUCCAAAGUACUUUGUUGGUUGUACGUACAGUGAUUAUAAGUGGAGAAUUAGAUUUUCUAUUUUCUUGUGCAAUGUUCUAGUUUUCAUGUUAUGAACACUUCAAAAAGAAUAUUCAACAAUACAAUUGCAUAUAGUGUUUUGAAUGUUUGAAUGUGCUUAUAGUUGCUUUCUAAUAAUAAUGUAUAGCAUAAAAUGUAUUUGAAUUUGCAUGAAGUUUUCAUGUUAUGUACUGUUUAAAAAGAAGUGUAUAUAAUUUGAAAACUACCUUAUUCCAGGUAGAUUCAAUUAAUUCUGAAAAACUAAUUAACUGAUAUGAGGCAUGUUACCUUAAAGCCAUUGCAAACAUUUCUGUUAACAUAUUUGGGAGCAUGGAACAUGCUUCAUUGAAAUUUUUAUCUUUUAUAUUAUAAAGCAGUUUAUCAUGAUGUGUAAGAAAUUUCUCAAUUGUUUUUACUGUCAUAAUUCUGUUGUAAUUCUGUUUUAAUUGAUGAGAAAUAUUAUAUUGUUCAAAAUAUUAUUUUGUUGAACCAAAGUUGAAGUAAAACAGAUUUGUGAUAUAUACAAGAUGAGACAAAAACUUAAUAUUAAAAAUAGAAAUGAAUAGUGCUAGAAAAAAUUUAAAAACUUAAAAUGAUAAUGGUAAAGGAGGAAAUUUGAAAUCUUAUAAAGAGCUCAUUUGUAAAUCUAGUUCUUUCUCUUUUCUUUCUGUCUUUUCUUUCUUUUUUUAAUGCUUUCUUAGUAUCUAACUAUUGAAUAAUAUAGUUAUCUGAUUGGUUUCCACUGAAAUGUAGUUUUUAUUUGAAAUGCUUUUAAGUGCUUUUCUGGUAAUGAUUUGGAAUAACUUUUGCAUGUUCUUGAAAAGCUGCAAAAGAACUUAUAUUUCGUACAAUUGUUGGAAAUUGUUGUAUUGUAUCUCUUAUUUUGUUUUGAAAUUUGUUGUUCGUCGAAAAGCAAAUGAUAAGUUAAGUUAAAAUUUUCUUGGUCGUGUUAAAUGUUCUUGCAUAGUAACUGCACCUACUCAAAUAAUGAAUUCCAAAACUUGAAAUUUUCGGAACUAUUGUGAUAUUGUAUAAUUGAUUUAGUGUAAUGAUAAUUAAGAUUUAUUAUUUGACAGUGAUAUUAUUUAUCUUUUUAAAGAAAACAUUCAUCGAACAUUUCACAACCCCAAAAUUGCAUAAGAAUUUUUGACAUUUUGAGGAAAGAAAAAAAUAUUUCACAUGAUUUUUCUGUUAUUAUGUGCAUCUUAAAACAAUAUUCUUAACAAUGAAAAUUCAUGAUUUAAAAAUUUUUAACUCAUUUUAGUACUUUUGAGUACUUGAUAAAAACAAUUCUAUGAUGUGCAAAAAGUUGCGUUGCAUGAGAAAUUUGAGAUAAUGUUGCUUUAGAUUUCUUCAUAAGUUUAGACAUUAUUUGUACAGAAGUAGUCUUAUGAUUUUUGGUAAAAAAAAAUAAUUCUAUUAUAACUGAGAUGGUGUAAUAAAGUUAAGUCUGCGGUGGCUCAUGUGCUUUUCUUAAGUGGAGGAAAGAAGCCAAUAGCAAAUACUGCUACAUUAAAUGAAACCUACAACAAAUUAGUGGUAUGUGUCAUUUAAAUAAACAUAUAAUGUUAAUUAAUCUGGUCAAAACAAGUUUAUUUUGCUUAUCAUGUACAUUGUGCUUCGCACAAGAAACUGUCUGCUUUGUUUAAUGCUAAAGCUAUGUGAUAUUAAUUUUUUAACAUAAAGUAUUAAUUUUAGUGAACAAUCCAGAUGUUCCCAAGAUUUUUCAUUUUUUUGAAUUCUGUGACCUAAAUUUUGAAUGUCACUGAAACCCAUAAACUCAAAUUUGAAAAUAGAAUGCUUGGAAAACAGAAGAAUUUGUCUUUGUUCACACCUUGUUAACAAAGAUGCUUUAUCAUUUCAUAUCAUGGAAAAUUACAUUUUCUCUCUCUUGCUAGUGCCUCCUAAAAGCUCUGGUUGGGUAUAAGUCAGACUUUCUUUCUGUACAACAGCAAUCUGUCUGAUCUUCUUACCCGACUUUCCUAAAUUGACAAAAAUAUUUUUAAAUAAUUAAAUAGCAUUUAUAAACUAUCAAAACGAAAAAUCAAUUCUAAGAAAUAAGUGCUCGACAGUGUAGUGCAGCUGGCUGUCAUCACAUGAAAUUAUUUGUGAAAGGCUAGAAGAAUAUGCUUUCUUUAAGCAAUCCCUCUUCACUGACUGGAUAUCAAUAUGCCUUGUAAAGGAAUCACACUGUCACCUUGGACAGGGAGGACUUGGAAAAGGGAGGGAGUCACGUGUCAGUUCGAAUUUCUUAAGUCACUGGCCAGCCUCUACCAGACUGCAAUGCUUCCACAGUGAAAAAUGAGAUAACAUUGUAUGAGGGAGAAUCAAAUGAAAACCGCAAUUACUUUUUUCCACUAUUUUAUUUGCGAAGAGAGUUUCUACUUGUAUGAGUUGUUAUUUUUCUAGAUAGCCCCUUCCACAUUCAAUUUAAUUAUGCCAUCGGGUAGAAAGUGCUUCGAUACAGCCUAUAACAUGUUUGGUUGACGUUCAGCCACUUGUGCAUUGCCAAUUGGGCAUCUUCAUCAGACUUGAACGUAUGCGCUCCAAGGUACUCGUUAAGGGGCCAAAGCAGUAGUAAUCUGAUAGUGCCAAAUCUGGUGAGUAGGGCAGCUGUGGAAGGCACGUGAAGUGUAGGUAGUUUCAUUCGAAUCAUGAACUGAAUACAGACGGGCGUUAUCACAUUGAAAAAAACACGCCAGCACUCAGCAAACUCCUCUGAUUGUGUGUAUCGCUGGCUUCAAAAGAUUCUUGAGAAGGUUAGAGUAUUUUGCUCUGGUCUCUGUGGUAUCUUGGGGACAUGUAAUGUACCAUAAUAUGAUUGUUCUUAUCCCACAAUAAAAUCAACAUGACUUUUCCAGCAGAAGAUGCUAUAGACUCCUCUGUUGCCACACAAGGAGCUUCACUUAAAUAGUCGUACCUUCUCUAAUUUUCUUACACCACACAUAAACUUGCCGCUGUGAUAGACAGGCGUCCCCUUACUUCGUCUUCAUUCUCUGAUGAAUUUCAACUGGUAUCACAUCUUCACUCCAUAAAAAUCUAAUAUCCCCAUUGUGUUUUUUGGUGCAUCUGUGUAGUGGUGCCGCCAGUUUGAAUCAGCUGUUAUUCAGCUCUAACCGCAUCCACUGACACUGCUUUAUAUGCGGUACGGUGGAAAGACAUCAAGGUCUGUGCUUGCAAAUUUUCAAAUGCCUAAAGAGGGGAAAAUAUUUUACUUCUGUGGUUUUCAUGCCAGAACUUAUUUUAUGUAUUUAAAUACUCAAGUGGUUUUCAUUUGACUCUUCGAAGUCCAGACCCUAUAGUUAGGCAUGAUCAAACUUGAUUCUUCGCUUUUGGGCACCCAGUGUUGAUGCAAAUAGCUGACAAGAUUUGAGUUUAUAGGAGGAACUCUUCCUCCAGGCUGUGGAACAGCAAAACAUUUCUUCUUCUGGUCAGUGCAGCACCUUACCAUUUGGAGGAUUACUACAUAGGAUAAGAAUUUUGUUAAAAUAAGACUGUAAAAAUGUGUGGAAUUGUAUUUAUUGAAUGUAAUUCUCUUAAUUAACAUGUAAUGAUUAACUGCAAUUAUAUCCAAUUAUAUUCCGAUUUAAUGAACUAACUGAUUUUAAUAAUUAUAGGGAAUUGGAUGUUGGUGAUUUCAUUUCUGUAUUACUUUGUCAUUAAUUUGAUGUUAUCACUAUGUUCUUAAAUUAGAAAAGAUGUUUGAUAUAUUUCAUCUUAAUGAAAAUUACUUUACAAAUUAAAUUUUUAUUGAAGUUCUGUGACACAGACUCUUCAUAAUACUCAGACUGUUAUAAACAAAGACUUCUCAUUGUGUAUCAAGCAAAAUGUAGAGGGUACAUUAAUGCAAGAAAUUAUUUAUUCAGGAAUCUUUUCUGGAAAAAAACCCAUACAGGAAUUUAUAUCGGUGUGAAUGAGAUUCAUUCACUUUCAGGGCAGAAUUUAUGGCCAGGCAGAAUCGAGUGAUGAAUUAUUAGGUAUCCUCAACGUUAUACUUGUAGGUUCCACAAAUUCCUAUAAAAAUGGCAUGUGCUUAUGGAAAUGCCCUAAUCGUAAUUAAGCUGUGGAUUUAUAGGCACAUUAAACUGUAGCAAUAGGAAGGCAAAAUAUGCUUUUAAAAAGGCACUAUAAUUUUUGGUUAUCCUUAUUUAUAUACUUGUACAGUAAGUUUAUGAAGUAAACAAUAUAGUAACCAUCAUUGAAUGUUUGCUUUCAUCAUUGUUCUUGCAAAUCCUCUUAGAAAUCCUUCUAUCAUUGUUGGGCAUUUCAGACAAAAACAGCUGAAUCGCAAUGGCUACUUUUUUGCCUUUUAUUAAAGGCGAGCUGAUACUCUAAUACUGCCAGUAAUAUUAAUGAUCUUUUUCCUCCCAUUUAAUUUAAACAAUUGAAAACAUUGUUUGAUUUGCUUUAACCGGCAUGCAUAAAAAAAACUGUAACUAGUGGUGUUAG